AUGGUAAAUACAAAUGCUCCAAGAAAGGUUCACAAGUUGACAAAACAACGUCGAAUUAAAAGAAAGAUUCGGUCAAAUAAUAAUAAAAUGCUGGGAAAGUUACGACCUAGUGAAAUGGUCAUUCACGGUAGACAUAGAUCUAAAAAGAAACAACAAAAGCUUGACAGAUUAAUUAGAAAUCAACAAAAUCACGGAAUGGAGAGCGGAAAAAUGAUAAUCGAAAAAAUCAAUACAGAAGAAGCACUAUCAACUCCCAAUACCAAAAUGGGAACCAUAAUGGAAGUAGAUCAUUAA